CUAUCUCUGCUUUCACUUUCUCUACAAUUCCUAACCUUGUCUCUCUUCAACACCAUCUUCUUCUUUUUCUCUUCUUUCUAUCUUAUAUGCUUACCUUUUAUUCUCAGUCUUUAAUGGCUGCCCGUAUCAAAAUUCCGCGUUAAAUCAAUCGUGGGUCGGUGCAAGUUACCAUUUUUCUCCUCUUUUUGGUUGUCCAAAAGAUACCCAAUAACAAAAGUCUCCAUUUUUCUUUUUGGGGUGUUCUUUAUUUAUUUAUUUUCUGGCUGCAAUUUUCAACCAAAAAAAUUACCAUUUUUCAAUUUUGUUUAAUGUGAGAAUUUAGUGCUUCACAGAGCAUUUUCUUCCAACUGGAUAUAGGUGCAAAAUUGAACUAGAGUUGUGGCCUUUUAUGGUAGGUAAGAGCAUUGAUGCUAAUCGAAGAUGACAAGUUAUGAGACAUUUAUAGUAUCCAUCAGUUCGGUUUUUGCUUGAUUUUGAUUAUUGUGGAGUUUGGAUUUGACACUAUUUGGGGCCAAGCUUUUGUGUGUCAGAAGGUCUCUUUUAUCUUCUUCUUUUCAUUUGAUGUGAUUAUCAAACUUUUUCAUCAAGUUUGAUCAUUCACCUUUCUUUUGUUAUUUUAUUGGAAGAAAGGGGAAAUCACUGAGCUGUGAAUAAGUGGCUAGUUUCAAUCAAUUGGCCUUUGAUGAAAAGCAAGACAACUCUGAUUUUCAGCUUUACUUUCUUUGUUGAGUUUAUGAGCUGGUAAAAGGCAUGUGUAUGAAGAAGGCAGGCACUGAUACUUUCCCCUCCAAAGGAAGCUACAUUGACCCCAUUGAGCUUCACUCAAAUUGGAAUCCAUAGAUGUUUUUUCCUUAGUGGACUUCUCAAGUUGCAUUUUUUGCCUUUUUCUUCCUUAACAGAUUCUUAGAUCGUAGCUGCGAGGACUUUUGUAUGAACACAGCCAAAGUAAAGCUAAGAUUCCUUUAGCAUUCCAACGGAAGAGAGGUAGAAGAAGGAAAGUCAAUUGUGCCAAUUACCAUGGCGAAAAGACCCCCGAGAUUAACUGUGCAGUAUGAGAAAGAUCAAUCUGGUUGUAUGUGGGGUUUUAUUAGUAUGUUCGAUUUUCGCCAUGGUCGCUCUACUCGUAGGAUGAUUGCAGAUGCGAAACGCAGCAGCCAGCAUGCUGUAGGUGCUGUACCUGUACCUACCAAGAACAAGUUUGAGACAUUAAGCGAUUUGGACGAAGAAUAUCAAGGCCAUCUUGAAAGAGGAGAGAGUAUGAGACUGAUUGAGAUAACUGAUCCGGAUAAGCCUAGUAUGAAGAAACUCAUAGAAGAAGAGAUGUUCAUCGAGAAGGAUGCGGUGAAGGAUCUAGGUCAUGCUGAUCAAGUAGAGUCAAAGAAAUCCAGAGUAGCAAGUGAAGUUUCCCCAAAGACAGAUUCCAAAAGAAAAAAGAAAUCUCGAAAGAAAAGCCGUGAUAUGGACACCCAUGAGUUGAGUUCGGAUGCAAUGCUGAAGUCUGAAUUCCUGCAUAACCCGCAUUCAAGGCAACAGUCAAAAGAUAAUCUUGAUUUAGACAAGAUAAUGGAAGACUUUUGUCACGUUAAGGGUGGUUGUUCUGUGAUGCAUGACAAUGACAGCGAAGUUAAUUCACAAUCAAACCAAAAUUAUGGUGUUUCUGAAAACCUUGCAAGGGAUGCAAUCCAUGAGUUUGUGAAUCAAAUGAUAGCAAAUGGGAAAGAUCAGGCAGAAGAUGGAAAAUCCAAUUGCUCAAAUGAACUCAUGGAAGCACUUCAGGUUAUAAGCUCGGAUAAGGAAUUGUUUGUUAGACUUCUACAAGACUCAGAUUCAAUUUUAUUGAAACAUGUUCAGGAGUUGGGGAAUUCUCAUGCAAUAAAUGACAAUGAACACAGCUCAGUUAUUGGCUCCAAGUUCUCUGUAGAAGAAGACCUUGACAAUCCGAAACAAGAAAAGGAAACUUUCAACCGUAAACAUCGUAACUUUUUCAGGAAAAGGUCAAAGUCUCAAUCAGAAUGUCCUACAAACGAGAAUGGGAAAACAGAGUUUACAAAUAGAAUAGUCAUUCUGAAGCCUGCACUAACAAGUUCACGAAGUUCUGGAAGCAUCCUUGCCUCUUCACUUGAUUCUCAUGAUGUUGUCCAUCACAAAGGUCGUUUUGUGAAAGUUAGUUCACAUUUUUCUCUUACAGAGAUAAAAAGGAAAUUGAAACAUGCCAUGGGAAGGGAGAAACAUGGAAACGCCGAAGGGAUCUCAAGAAAGCUUCCGGAUAAAUGUCAAAAUAAGGGGCCAGGGAGCAAAACCAUUGGGAAAGACAAUAAUGUUGGAAUGAGGUCUCCAACUAAAGACCAUUUCUUCAUGGAAAAGAUUGCAAGACCUAUGUUUGAUGUUAUGAAUGGAAACAAGACCGGUGCUUCAAAACACUCCGAAUUUAGUGUGGAACAUGAAAAUGACAGUUCCAAACAAAGGGUUUCUAACUUAUAUAUUGAGGCUAGAAAACAUCUGUGUGAGAUGCUAGACAGUGGAGAUGAGAACACAAACAUUUCAGGUAGGCAGAGCCCCAAAACACUUGGUCGAAUACUAUCUAUUCCUGAGUACAACUUUUCUCCCCUUGGCAGUCCCGGACGGGAUUUGGAACAUCAUUUUGUGACCACAAAGACAAGAUUUUCUGUGUCAGAUAGACCUUCAGAGGUUAAUCAGGAUAACUUGUCACCCAAGCAAGCAACCUUUGUCGAUCCUCUGGAUCAGGCAAUGAGCAAUUCAGAAAAGCAGUCCAGCAUUUGUGAAGAAAUCUCUAAUAAUGAAGUACAACAAACUAAUUCACAGUCAAACUUGGCACAUGAUGUUGGUUGUGUUGAUACAGAAGAAACCUGUUCUCCUGUUAUUGAUGAGACAGUUACUGAAGUUAACGUAGAAUCUGAAAAAGAGACAGACAUUUUGCAAUCAUCCCCGAUUCCAGUGGGAUUCGUCAUGGAAAAAGAACAAUAUUGUGUGAUGUUAGAAAUUUCUGAUAGUACACAGGGUUCUUCAUGUUUGAAUCAGGUUGUUACAGAAGAUGUCCAACCAUCAUCUCCACCAUUAUCCCCUUCUCACUCGUCUGUCGCAAAGAAAAUUGAAGAGAUAGAAAGCGUUACAGAUGUUUCCGGCCGACCAAGUCCCGUAUCUGUUCUUGAUACUCCAUUCUUGGAUGAGGAUUCAAGUCCUGGAUACUCGAGAUGUCAAGCUGUUAAAUUGCCAGUACGACCGCUGCAAUUUGAUGAAUGUGACUCUUCGCCUGUUGAUCAACUUGAAAGAGGAAAAUAUUGUUUCGAAGAGAAUGAAUUGAUAUAUGAUUACAUUAAAGCUGUCUUACAAGCAUCAAGCUUGACUCCGGAUCAACUGUUGGUGAAAUGCCUUUCAUCAGACGAGAUACUCGAUCCUUCCUUGUUUGCUCAGAUAGAGUUCUUCCCCAAUCCACUUUGCCAUGACCAGAAGCUCCUAUUCGACUGUAUCGAGGAAAUUCUCGUGGAGGUUUGUUGGUAUUACUUUGGAGUCUCACCUUAUGUAUCAUUUGUAAAUCCUAGCAUAAGGCCAACCCCAAAUAUGAAAAGGGUUACUCUCAAAGUCUUUGAAGGAGUGUGCUGGCAUAUCCUUCCCCUGCCCCCACCACGUACCUUGGAACAAAUCGUUAGAAAAGACCUGGCGGGGAGUGAAACGUGGAUGGAUCUUCGACCUGAUGCCGAAACUGUUGGCUUCGAAAUGGGUGAGGUCAUUCUUGCUGAACUGAUGGAAGAUACAAUAUUGAGCUUUAUAAGUGAAAUCCCUGAAAGUGAAUGUUCUCAGCUUCAACUUGAGGCUGAUAACAAUGAGAGCACCAUCAACUUGUAAAGAAGAUACUUCCUCAGUUCCAAAAUAUCCGUCACUUUGAAAAUUCGGCACAUUUUUUAUAACAAUGUAUUUGGAGCUAUUGUAGCCAAAUACAUUGGUCCAAGGAUGUACUGGAACUUCAAAAUGACAGAAAUUAUGGAACAAAAAGAGUAUAUAUCAUGCAGGGUUGAUAGAAAAUGAUCAGAAAGAAUACUGAAGAGGUAGACUUUUGUAAAGCAUCAUUGAAGCUUGGUGAUAUUUCUUGACUAUGCUAAUAUCAGAUAGUAUUGAUGUGAAUGAGGAUACACAAUAAGGGACUGCAAAGUGCAAAGCCACAAAAAGUAAAUAGGAAACCAAGUUGCAAUUGCUUCCUGAGGAAAGUACAAAAACUAGGCUUGUUUACAGUGACAAAACAACAGUUUUAUCCAGUGUGCGAGACAUGGCCAAAGGUGUUUGUAGAUUUUGUAGAGAGCUAUUAUUGUUUUUUUUGGCUGAUGAACUGAUCACAUUAGUUAGUUGGUUUGUUGUAACUUUGUUUGAUAUCAUCCUUACUUCUUUGUAUAUUUGCUGUUUUGGUGUUUGGAUAACCUGUUACAUUUUAUACAGUCUGGAAAUAAAUGAAGUGUGAGAUCA